GCCAGGUGGACCGAUCGCAAUUAACUUAGGACCGGUCUCGUAGACAUACCCCAUGGCCAUACAUUUCUAGGCCUACUACCCGUUUGGUGCGAACAAGUCAAGAUUUUUUCCCGGAAUGGAUAAAACUGUAGAAGAAAAUGGAGAUGGUCCUCCUGCCACACCUUUUGACCCAUGGUACCAAGUCAGUGUAACAGAUGCAACAAAGAAUGGGGAAGCUAUCAUUUUCAAGAUAAAGACAUUAAAGCUUGAAGAAGAUGGCACAGAAGUGACUGUCGAGAGAGUAUAUGAUGAUUUUGAAUGGCUACAGCAUUGUCUCACAACUGAUAAUGAUAUUGGAGGCAUCAUUGUGCCCCCAUUGCCUCCAAGGCCUGUAUCAUCAGCUGCUGAAAGUGCUGCAAAAUCCAGGAAAGAACUUGGAGAGGAAAGUACAAAGGUCAAAGGUGAUGAGUUUCAUAAAGAAUGCCGUCAUUUAGAGAAAUACCUCAGCCUAGUUAUCAAACACUGUACCUUGGGCAAGGAUGACACUCUAGCAAAAUUCCUCACAUCUACAGAUCCACCCAUACGUGCCAAGGUAAAGCGAGGUAUUUUCUCUAACCUGACACAGAAGAUGUCAGAGGUUAUGAAAGGAGGUCACCAAGACACAGACAGUGGGUUUCAACAUGAGAGAGAUAGAGCAAAUCAGGUGCUACCCAUCAUGAGAGAUCUUAGUCAGGUCUUCAAACUUAGAACAAAUCAUUUACAAAGGUUAUCAGCUGCCUUGAAUCAUUUUGCAACAGCUUUAUGUCUGGUCAGCAGUGCUGAGAAAGAUGAAAGACUUAUUGAAGGAACCCAGAUCCAAUUGUUGUUUGCCAGAGCCAUGGAACAUUAUUCUCAUGGUAUAGAUGUAUUUACAGCUAAUCAUGAGUCAUCAUUAGGUUUCUUCUUAGAUGUGUAUGCUAGAUAUGCAGAAGCUGAGAAGGAAAUGUUGCACAGAAGAACAGUGAAAUUGGUAGAGUUUGACAGUGCAGUGAAGACGCUCAACAAGGCAAACCCUCAGAAGAGACCACUCGCAGAAGAAAACAAGGAGAAGAAGGAGAAAGAUUUUAAUGACAUCUCAAGAACAGCAAAGAAAGAGCUUCAGGUGUAUAAUCAUCAACGAGUGAUUGAGUUCCAGAAAUCAUUGGUGCUGUAUGCAGAGGCCAACAUCAAGACAGCAAGAGACUUGUAUGCCCUUCUUGCUAAGGACCUUUCAGAAAUCAAACAUACCACACUGUAGAUCUCCAUCUGUUCUUGUAUCAUUUUGAUAUGUCCUUUAGUGAAGAGAGAAAAAAUUAUUUUUGUACAUGUCUCAGGCUUUACACUUUUCAUGGAUAUUAUCUCAUUUCUUUUUUUUCAAAAUAUGAUGCAAUAGUCAAUUCACUUGAGGAGAUACAGAAAAUAAAGUGAAGGUUUUGUGGGAGAUAUAUGUGAUUAAAGAAUUCCAACUCUGAUAUGCAAUAAAAUGUAAUUAGAUUAAUAUUAAGGAUGUGUGAUGAGGUUUAUAAUGAGAUAAUUGUAAAAAAAUACUUUAAAAAAUAAAAAAUAUAUCUUGUAGAGCAGAAUAUAAUUUGUAAUCUUGAUUUUAUCUGAGGCUCAAGAAUGAAGCACUUAAAAUAUGGAAUAUGAAUAAUCCUGCUGUCAUUGUAAGAGACAGUAUAACAUUUAUCAUGUACACUCUUGCUAAUAGACAUAUUGGGGUAGGGUUUUUCACUGGGUAAUAUCAGAAGGUAGCUAGACAUCAAUCUUACCAUUUCUUGUUAGAGAAUUUAAGAUUUAUUUGGAUACAUUUUUGGGGUGACUUGCAUUGAAUGAUUAAAAAAAGGGUAUGCGCAAUCUUGUGAAUUGAUGACAUUUGUGAUGUCAAUGCUAGACAUUCCUCACCUUUGCCAUCAUAGAGAUUGUACACUUAAUGAUCUUAACUUAUAAAAUUGACUGAAAUUCAUAAUUAGGAAUGACCACUGAAGGGCAACUUUAUGGAAUUCCUCAGAUGCACAUUAUUAAGAAAAUAUUCUCUUUAUCUAAUAUUAUCUUUCAAAGUAAAUAGAAUUUCUUAAUGCCUAAAAACUUCUGGUAAAAACUGUGAGCAGAUGAUUUUUGUUAAGAUGCAUCAUGUUACAGUCUCUCUUAUUUUAUUCUUGCCCAUUAUUACCCCAGUAAUGUUGUCAAAUCAACGAAUCAGUGAUAUUUGAGUCCAAAUCUAGACUUUCUAGUAGCUUUUUAAUCAGUAAUUUUAAAGACCCAAAAGUCAGUGAUGAAAUCCCAAAGGUAAUUUUAUCAUAUGCCAGUUCUACUGGACGUAUUAUGGUAUCAUGCUCGGUGUCUGUCCGUCCGUUUGUUAACUUUUCUUUGUAAAUGCGAUAACUUUAGUUUAACUUAACCUAGGCUCAGAUAAUUUGGUGUGUAUAAUACUAGCAUGGAUUCCAGGAAUUAUAUUGAUUUUGAGGUCAAAGGGUGAAAGGUCAAGUUGCCACCUUCCACUUCUCUUGCUUGACCAAUAACUCCAUUUUCAGGAUUACAGGCGGGCAUAUUGUGUGCUCAUCCCAGCAUUACUCUUGUUUUAAUAAUAAAUGUCAUAUUCCAAGAGGGAUGUGAGCCUGCGACCCCUGUUUGGGACAUUGCUCAGUACCAUACAGUGUAAUUUACAAAGAUAUUAUCAUUGCUUUGGGUUUAUCCCCCCCCCCCUUGGCCCUCCCUUCAUUUCCCUCUCCCCCUCCCUGUAUUAUGAACUUCAGUCAAUAUUAUGAUAUACUGAGAUCAUUUGUUGUAUGAUCUCUGUGACGGCAAAGGCGAGGACUGUCUGGCAUUGAUGUCACACACGUCGAGUCACGUGAUCGUGCAUACACUUUUUUGAGGAAUGGAGCUUAGCUAGCAUGAGAAGUGCAAAAAAAUUGCUAUUUAUUGACUUUUCGGGGGAAAAAAUUGUUUUCCUUUUUCAGAAUUACCAUAGAAAAUUACUCUAGAUAUGUUAAUUUCAUUUUUUUGCACAUUUUGAUUACAGGGGCCCUGUUAGACUGGUCAGCUAUAAGAAGGGUGAAUAAAAGAAAUAAGCAAAAAACUAUAAGGUCAACAUUCCAAGAAUGUCAUGAGGGCUGUUAUACAUAUAUGCUUUGCAAGACAAUGAAAGUGCCUUUUAUAAUGUCCUUGGCAUUCAAAAUAAAAAUGUAUAUUUCAUCAUGCUUUUCAUGAUCACAAGUAUCCAUUCAUGUUUCUGAUUAAUUAUGUGAAGUAUCAUUCUUACAUGGUUGAUGUGACAAAGAUUCAAAUUAAGGUGUUUUUUUUUUAGUUGAACAAUUAAAUUUUCUCAAUUUUUAGAACUUUUUUUUUUUCAAAUUGAAUGCAUGUAUGGACCAAAGAAGUCAAUUUUUAUGCUAUAUCUGAAUGAAUGAAUCAAUUACCUGUAGUGAUUACACAUUUCCAUAUAUGAUCGACAAGUUGUAGGAAGUGUAGUUAGUAAUAAUCACUCUCCAAUAAUGUCAUUUUGGCAAUAAAUUAUCCUAAAGUCAACAGUGCCAACUCAUUUUUAGCUUUUGAUGGAUUAUGAAGUAGUGCUAUAAAUGAGCAUAGGCGUUCAUCUUGUACUCAUGAGAGUACAACUCAUGUAUGAAAAGGAAGUUAUAAUCAAGCAUUGUAAUAGGGAAAUAAAGGAGAGCUCUGGUACAUUGUCUAAAAACAAGAUUAAAUCAACUGGCCAGUUUAACCAAAAUAAAUAAGUAAACGUAAUUAAUCUGAGCAUAGCGCAAACUUGACCUUGUUUGAAUUCAAACUUUCAGGUUUAUAAUUAUCAGACUGCACUUUCCAUGGUCAAACUAUGUUGGUCUGUGUAAAUGUAGAAAAUUAUGUAUUUAGCAUUUUCAGUUGCUUAACUAGUUUCAAGUGUCCAUUCCAUAAUGUAUGACUUUCAGAUGUGUGCUGUAUGAUUAAUCUUGUUGAUUUAUGGGCAUUUAUCAGGCAAAACUAAUUUGUAGUAAAAUUUAAAUGGGACUAUAAAAUAGAAAUGUUGUUUCACAAGAACAAGAAUCUUGAUUUAUCAAUUCAUUUAAAAAAUUCAGUAGAUUCUCCCCCAGAAUUAAGUGAUAUCUAGUGAUAUAUUAUUAUUAUCAUUAUAUAUAUAAUAAACUCUCUAUGAAGAAUAUGUUUGCUGGCAAACAUUGCAAAGGUGUAGAAUACAGUGAACUGAUUAGAAUCAAACUUGGAAUGGAUAAACAUAGAUAUCAAUCACAUGAGGCCUCAAUCACCCCAGGCCAGUUAUUCAAGUAUCUAAACAUGUGUUUCUUGACCUCGAUGGGUCUGAAAAAACUAAUCCGCAAUUACAUACGCAGUGCGCCGAUUCAAGCAAACUCGCUCGCCAUCGCAUGCAGUUAUUUUUAAUUGCUUUAGUAGUUUCCUUAUUUCGGGGCUGAUUUUCUUCGUUCGAAACUGAAAACAGAAUAACUUUGGAUUUUAAAAUACAUAAAUUUAGACCCCCUUUUAAUGACUACAGUUAAUAAAGAAAAUUCUGGAGAUGUCUUAGAUGAUUUUUUUUUAAUUUGUUUCAUUUUAAGUCAUAAGAACCAGCUGGCACAUUAAUCCUAAAAGUUAUUUUUACCUAGGUUUAAACAGUUCAUUCGGGUUACAAAGUCAUUGACCAUAAAAAUACUAUGAGAAAUAGAAUAUAUAUAUUUCUUUCUUAAUCAAUAAAUCACUUGACAAAGCCCAAUGGGCAAAAAUUCAUGAAAAACUUUUCAUUACAGAGUUUUCAUUUCUUUUUUAACUUGUCAUUGGACCAACUCUGAGCAGAACAUUCCCACUUUGUUUAUAUAUAUAUGUAUAUACAUACAUAUAUAAAUCUCUCUCUCUAUGUAUAUAUAAAAUAUGAGAAAUUUGCAGCAUGGUCAAUUCAUUUCUUAGCCUUCUCACAUUCCAGUGUGAAAAUCGUUUCUGUGCUAACUGAUUUCUACAAGCUUUACAAAAACAUAACAUUCUGUCAAAAUGCUUUCAUUUCAGACCAAAGCCCAAGAAUAUAUGUGAAAGAAUUGUCCCCACCUUUGUUGUGAACCUUUUUUGAAGGCCCAUAAUUUCUUCCUUUUUUGAUUUUAAAUUAACACCGAUUUUCUCUGUGAUGCUUACUCCUUACAGACAGCAAGCAUUUAUAUUUAAAGGUAUAAUGAAGAUGAAGGGGAUAGGGGCUAGUGCAGAACGUGUGUGCUUGUCAUUAGGAGGCUGACCAAAUAUAAAUGAAUCUAUGUAUGGCAUGUAUCCAUUCUCUGCAUUCAUGAAUAUCAGAUUAUUUUUGUGACCCAUUAUCUGGUAGCUUUGAGUAAUUCUGUAUCGCAGUAUCUUUCAUGUAUUGUAGUAGCUUAUAUUAUGAUCCUUAUUUUGUUAGUCUACAUUAAAUUUGGCUUCUGCAAGCAUAUCAUGAAAUGGGUCAUAUGUGAAUUGCAUGGUUACCAGCAUUGUAGUUUUUAUAAUUUUAUUUAUAAUUCACAAGCUUAUAUAUGUCAAACUGAUUAUCAUGAACCUAAGUGAAUAUCAGGAAAUAAUUAUAUAACCAAUAGAAAUUUAUUGCUGUAGUCAUAAUCCUGUGUAGUACAUUUACAUUCUUAACCCUCAUUAUGAAAGUUCAUAUAACCCUUGGUAAAUAUCAUCAUGUACAUUCAAGCAUAGAUUGUUCACUCCAAUUGUUAUGGAAGUAGAAAAGAGAAUUUUGUGAUUCAUGAAUUUAUUGAAAUUAUUCAUUUUCAUAUGUUUAUUAUUAAUUUCCAUCUGAUACUGUAACAAUCAGUAUUAAUAAAGCGAUCAUAAUGCCAUUCGUAUUUCAAAGCUUGUGCAAUUUGGGAUCACUGUCAAUAGCUUCAUCAUUUAUGAUCUAUAUAAGAGACAGAAAUUUAUUAUUUGUCAUGGAUAUCAAGAUUUCACUAUUUUCUGUUUACUAUUUAUUCCUUAUUCUGAUUAUCAAGUCGGCACUCAAGAAUUUACAGUUAUCAAGAAGAAAAUAUUACUGUAGUAAUCUGCAUUUAGAUUUACUAUAUUGCAUUGAUUUUAUAUAUUAUUGGCAUUGAUUCUUUACAAGAAAAUUACAGCAUUAUCAUUAGCGUACUCUGAGCAAAUAUUUGUUUAAUGCAGUCUUGAAUACCGACCAUUGUUUCAAGAAGCAUGAUUGGUAAAUGACAGAUGAAAAUGCAUUACAUGAUUUUUUAAAAUCAAAUUGUGAUAUCUAGAUUACAGUCUAUACUUAUGUAGUUAAAAAAACUCUCAUCUUCAAGUGGUUACUAUCAGUUUCACAGUCUAUUUCAUUUUGUUAGAGUAAAGUGCAAAUUACACCUAUACAUUUGCCCACUAAUACAAACAGAAAUUUGUAUUGUGGAACAAAAUCCAUCUUUCUUGAAAAGGAACUAUAAUUAUAAUGAUACAUGCAUAUACUAGAGGCUGGGAUAUGCAGCUUUUUCAUGGUUUGUGUAACUUUUAUUUUAUACAGAGUAUAUCUUCUGUUUUUAUGAAGCACCACCAUGGUCUUUUAAAAUAUGAAUGUGGUCUUUUUUUCUUAAUGGUUGACAAACACAACUCACCUUUUGGCCAUUCUAAUCCCAGAAUUAUCAGUAACAUAAAUGCACAUUUUAGUGGUUUUGGAUAUUUGGUUAGAACCAUAGUUAAUUCAGUUUUCUUGCCUUGAUUAACACUCUUAUUUAGAGUGUAUUGAGAAGGGGACCAAUUGUGAAGAUGUAUCUUUUUCGAGGUAACUGAAAUCAAGCUUGUUGUUAGAGUUUUAGUCCAUUGUUUAAUGUAAGUUGUGUGCGUUUGCUGAUGUGUUUCAAUCAGAUAUGAUUAUUUAUGUCUUGGACCG